AUGUCUGAGAAUGGAUCAGAAGGAACCCAAAAUCAGAUACAAUCUCCAAGAAAAUUGGAUCGAGUUGAAGAAGAAAUGAAACAAAUAUUUGGAUCAAGUCCAUCUCAGUCGCAAUCUGACCACAGCGGCGGGGACGCAGUUGAAGACGAUGGCAAAACGACGCCAACUGUGGUAGAAGCUGGUGGUGGUAGCAAAGACGGAGGUGAGACGGAUGGUGAUGGCGGUUGUAGUGACACUGAAACUGGUGUUGUUGGAGGUGCUGCUGAUGGUGGAGAUGAAACCGCAGUGGAUGGUGAUGGUGAUGGCAGCGAAAGUGAACCAGUUGAUGGUUAUGGGGUUUGCAGGCGAACUUUAACCGGUGGUGGAGGUGGUUCCGGUAGCAUAGGCGAGAGCCCAGCUGAUGGUGGUGUUGCUGGAGGGGAAACUGCAUCGGUGGUUGUUGGUGGCGGUGGUGUUGCUAUCAUUGAAACUGCGCCGGCACCGAUUGUUGGUGGCAGUGGUGUUACUGGCAUUGAAACUGCACCUGCGAUUGUUAGUGGCAGUGGUGUUGCUGACAUUGAAACUGCACCGGUGACUGUUGGUGGCGGUGGUGUUGCUGGCAAUGAAACUGCACCGUUGAUUGUUGGUGGUGGUGUUACUGGUAUAGUAACUGCACCGUUGAUUGUUGGUAGUGGUGGUGGUGUAGUUGGCACUGAAACUGCUCCGGCGAUUGUUGCUGGCUCUCAAAAUGCACUGAGGAUUGUUGGUGGUGGUGUAGUGGGCACUGAAACUGCACCGGCGAUUGUUGCUGGCACUCAAAAUGCACUGAGAAUUGUUGGUGGUGGUGGUCUUGCUGGCAUUGAAAUUGCACUGACUAUUGUUGGUGAUGGUUUUGCUGGCAUUGAAACUGCACCGACGAUUGUGGGUGGUGGUGUUGCUGGCAUUGAAACUGCAAGGACGAUGAUUGGUGGUGGUGGUUUUGCUGGCAUUGAAACUGCACCGGCGAUAAUUGGUGGUGGUGGUGGUUUUGCUGGCAUUGAAACUGCACCAUCGAUUGUUGGUGGUAGCGGAGGCGGCAGUUAUGGCGGUAGCAGCUUCAUAACACCAGGCUCUGUCGUAGGUGGCAGAAACAGCUCCGAUGGCUUUGCUUUUGAUCUUAAUGUCGAGCAUAACAUUGAUUCUGAUGAUGAAACUGAUGAUCAGAAACAAGUUCUUAACCAGGCUGCGGUGGAAAUCAGUGACGGUCGUGAGGUCAGCCGGGAUGCGGCUCCGAUUGGUGUUGCUGCUGAUGGUGGUUGGGUGGUUCCCGACGGAGAUGGUGUUGAUGAAGAAGAAGGAGAACCAUCAAGAAAGAGGAUUAGAUACAGUCAUGAUGGUGGUGAACCGCCGGUGGAACAACAAAACUAUGAUCUCCGGUUGUUUGGCAUCGGCAUAUCUAGCCACAAAAAAGAACCUUACGGUCCAAAUGACUCGGCCGGAAGUAGCUUCAACACGGCGACUCCUGGUGGCUGUUUGGUAGCAGGUUGUUCCGGUGGUGGUUUCCCACCAAUUAAUCCGCCAUCUGAUGAGAUAGGUUUACGGCUGUUUGGUAUGGACAUUUCGUCUACAGAAAGGGAACUGAUGGCUGCAUUAUUUAGAGCCAACAAUGGUGGUGAUGAUGGUGGUGGUGGGUUAGUCUUGGAUGUUACAUGGACCAAAUGCUAUAUCACAUGA